AUGGAGAGCAAAACGGAGGGAAGGUUGGAGACCCUUGAAAUUACGGUAGAAGGGAUUAAGGCGGAAACCGCUGCGAUACGACGGGACAUGCAGCAGAUGAUGCGGCUCAUGGGAGGAGGAGCGAACAGUCAAGAUGGAAGGUCUGCCGGAAGGAGUAAUUCAGUGAACGAUAAUCAAGAGAGACGUGAUCAAGGUAGCUUCCAACAGAAUUGGCGGAAACGGGUGGACCUACCGGCGUUUGAGGGAACGGAGCCACACAGUUGGAUUAAUCGGGUAGAAUGGUUCUUCGACAUCCAGAAGGUAGCGGAGGAGGACAAGGUGGAACUUGCCUACAUUAGCAUGGAAGGUAGUGCGAGUUAUUGGUUUAAGGUCUGGAAAGAUAAGGCAACAGAUCGUUCGUGGACUGGGUUGAAGUUGGCUUUGUUGAAUCGGUUUGGAGGAGGUUUCAGAGGAACCGUGUUCGAACAGAUGGCGACGCUACGGCAGGAGGGGACAGUGGAGGAAUACGUCAGAAAUUUCGAAAUCUUGCUGGGCCAAACCCAGGGAUUGGCGGAAGAGUUAGUAUUGGGGUUUUUCCUCGCGGGGUUACGAGAGGACGUUAAGGGACAUGUUCGUAUCCAAGAUCCCCAAGAAUUCAUGGUGGCGGUGAGAAUUGCGCGGGACGUAGAGGAUGCAAUGUUCAAAGCGCAGGGAGGGGGGAGGGGCAACAAGAGUAGUGGAGACAAUUUUCAUGCUGCUCCAAACAUUGAUCACUCGCAGGAAUUUGUGAGAAAGGAUCUUAAAGAAUGGUUAUUGUGGUUGAGGAGAGAAAUCGGGUAUGAUGGGUGGAGGCUUGACUUUGUCAGAGGAUUUUGGGGUGGUUAUGUAAAGGACUACCUGGAAGCAAGUGAGCCAUACUUUGCUGUAGGAGAGUAUUGGGAUUCUCUUAGUUAUACAUAUGGUGAAAUGGAUCAUAAUCAAGAUGCACAUAGGCAAAGGAUCGUUGACUGGAUCAAUGCUACUGGUGGUACUGCUGGCGCAUUUGAUGUUACAACAAAAGGAAUUCUUCACUCUGCUUUGGAAAGAUGUGAAUACUGGCGCUUGUCAGAUCAGAAGGGGAAGCCCCCUGGUGUUCUUGGAUGGUGGCCAUCUCGUGCUGUUACUUUUAUAGAAAAUCAUGAUACUGGUUCUACCCAGGGUCAUUGGAGAUUUCCCAGUGGAAAAGAAAUGCAAGGAUAUGCUUACACUCUUACUCACCCAGGAACUCCAUCAGUAUUCUAUGACCAUCUUUUUUCUCAAUAUAAAACUGAAAUAUCAACACUUCUCUCUAUCAGAAAGCGGAACAAGAUCCACUGCAGGAGUACAGUUAAAAUUUGCAAGGCAGAAAGGGAUGUUUAUGCAGCUUUGAUAGAUGAAAAAGUUGCUAUGAAGAUUGGACCUGGUCAAUUUGAACCACCCAGUGGAUCCCAAAAAUGGUCCUCAGCUUUGGAGGGAAGGGACUAUAAGAUUUGGGAGGCAUCGUAAUAUCACUCUUUUUAUCUUUCAAGUGUAUGUUCCUUUGGAAAAUCAUCAUCACCACUUUGUACAUGUUUCUUAGGAGGCAAGUAUAAAGACAGAAGAAUAGAUGAUGGUGUGACAAGCCAUAAUUGCUGUAUAGAAGCAAUAUUAUAUAGAAAAGAUUGCAGAGGGUUCAUUUCAGUCCACUGCUGACUCUUCUGGAAUCAGAAAGCCUUAAUAUUAUACAUUACUUUGUUUAUACACAAUGUACAAUAUUUAGAUAUUUACUAUUGACAAUAAUGUAUGCAACUGCCAUAUAUGGUACAUAAUUCUUUGAGCAGCUUCCUGAAUCAAGAUGGCAAUGUAUUGGACAAAAAGGAAAGGGAAUGUUUAUAUGAAUGAAUAAGUUGAUAAUUUCAUGAUA